CUGUUAGGCGCUUAAGAAGAAGCAUAUACGAAUUGAAUUGAAAUUGCGUGCUUCUUGUAAAAUUUAUCACACAGUGAAUAUGAUGCAACAAAGCAAAUACUUGCUGCAACCGCUACUCAGGGGUCUCCGUAACCUGCCGGCACGCGGUGCGGCAACAGCAACAAGCAGCACAACGGCGCCGGCGCCCGCCAAAAUUGAAAAAACUGUCAACAAUGUAACUAUACUUGGCCGCGUGGGCGCCGAUCCGCAAUUGCGUGGCUCGCAGGAGCAUCCAGUGGUCACAUUCUCCGUGGCCACACACACCAACUACAAAUAUGAGAACGGCGACUGGGCUCAGCGCACCGACUGGCAUCGUGUGGUAGUUUUUAAGCCAAAUUUGCGCGACACUGUGCUGGAAUAUCUAAAGAAGGGGCAACGCACUAUGGUGCAGGGCAAGAUCACUUAUGGCGAAAUAACUGAUCAACAGGGCAACCAAAAGAGCAGCACGAGCAUCAUAGCUGAUGAUGUUCUGUUUUUCCGCGAUGCCAACAACUGAACAGAUUAGUCAUUUGUAAGACUAAAAACCUAACCUUAAGCACAAAAGUUCAACUAAAAGUGAAUCAGUUAUCAACUGUAAUUUUAAUUGCAUUUACAUGUGUAACAUAUACAUUGGCAUUAUGUACGGUUUCCAUUAAUUAAGCAUCACUGUUGGAAAAGAAAUAUUAUGUUAAAACAUCCAAAAUAAAAUUUAUAAAUCCUCAAA